GAUACCUUAAACCCCCGGUGUUUGACAGGUGCUACAUGUUUAUCUAGGCGGGGAGAAUGGGUGCGUUUACAGCGGUGCGUCUUGGGACGGCCGCGUCAUGUUGAGUUCUAGCUGUUCUACUGCACCAAACCAGGAGAGGAGAGCUUUCUAACGUUGCGUUUCUGCUGAUGCGGCAAACUGCAGUGCAGAGCAGAGCGGAGCCGGGAAGGGAAAUGGUUGUGUGCUUCUGCUCUCUCUCUCUCACUGCCCCACUAACGUGUUCAGCUCAAACCUUCUCACUCACACCAUCUUAAUUUCACGACCACGCCGCUGGAGAGCGCAGCCACGCGUGACGGUCAAAAGACCAAGUGGGACUACUAGUCGGUGUUGCCGUCCGUUGGAGAGGAGCUCAAGUUAACGGCUUUUAAAUUUUUUAUUUCUUUCGUAUUAUAUUAUAUUCUCUCUAUUCCUCGUUCGUACCGUUUCUUCAGCAUGGUUUUAAAUUGCCUGUCAAGAGAUUUACUCUUCUUCCAAGGCGGUUCAGAGCCGUUCGGUACCUCAAGAAGGUCGCCCUAGUCGACAUUGGAAGCAAAUAACACCGGAAUAACGUGGGUGAUAUUAACGGUCGCACCAGUCGACGUUUAGAAGCCAAUAACACCUGAAUAACGUGGGUGAUAUUAACGGUCGCUCCAGUCGACGUUAGAAGCCAAUAACACGGGAAUAGCGUGGAUGAUAUAAACGGAGACAGUACAGUCUAUGAAUAUUUCACCGAAGCUCGUACUGUACAGUGCAGUAAAGUGAUAUCCGCCACCUUUAAAACAAAACGCCGGGACUGUAAAGUUGUAGCCGUGGCUGGCGGGUGCACCACCACCAAACGGAAAUCCAGGUGGAAGACGAAGGAGAAGAAGAAGAAGGAGGAGCAGCAAUGGAGGACUACUCGGAGAGAGGAGCAAGGGAGCCUUAAGAGGAGCGGCGCUUGGCGAGCCCUCUACCUGCCUGGCCCGGGUGAAUGCAAGGGGGGUUUCUAUCAGACAGAAGAGAGAGAGGGGAGAAAUCUGAGGCGCGCAGUGACAGCUACUGGAUGCCUGCCCCCACCGGGCUGAGCCGAGCAUCUCCUGCCGCAUAGCGCUGCGCCGAGCCCCGGGCAACACCGCCAGGAUGACUGUGGUGGCCGGAGAUAACAUGGAUGAGACGUCCACCCUGCCGGGGCACCUGCAGGAUACCUACCCACCAGACCACGAGGACCACGAGUGCUGCGAGAGGGUUGUCAUUAAUAUCUCAGGGCUGCGCUUCGAGACCCAGUUAAAGACACUCAGUCAGUUCCCCGAGACGUUACUCGGUAACCCCAAAAAGAGAAUGCGCUACUUCGACCCGCUUAGAAACGAGUACUUUUUUGACCGGAACCGGCCGAGUUUUGACGCUAUUCUAUAUUACUACCAGUCCGGUGGACGGUUGAGGAGGCCCGUUAACGUUCCUCUGGAUAUGUUCUCCGAGGAGAUCAAGUUCUACGAGCUCGGGGCAGAGGCCAUGGAGAAGUUUAGAGAAGACGAAGGCUUUAUUAGAGAAGAGGAAAAACCCUUACCAGAGAAAGAGUUUCAGCGACAGGUCUGGUUGCUGUUCGAAUACCCGGAGAGUUCGGGACCCGCCAGAGGGAUUGCUAUAGUAUCGGUGAUGGUUAUCUUAAUUUCAAUAGUCAUAUUCUGUUUGGAAACGCUGCCAGAACUCAAAGAGGACCCCAGGGGUAGGAUGGAAACUGUAGGCAACGUGACAUUCUAUUAUAAACCAAAUAUUCUCACCGAUCCUUUCUUCAUAGUGGAGACCCUGUGUAUAAUCUGGUUCUCCUUUGAGUUGAUUGUGCGGUUCUUCGCCUGCCCUAGCAAGGCAGCUUUCUUUAAAAACAUGAUGAAUACUAUAGACAUAGUAGCUAUCAUACCCUACUUCAUCACGCUGGGCACCGAGCUGGCAGAGGACCAGGAGGGGAAGGAGAAACCAAGUGAGCAGGCCGCGUCUCUGGCCAUCCUCAGGGUCAUCCGGCUGGUCAGGGUGUUCAGGAUCUUCAAGCUGUCCAGACACUCCAAGGGGCUUCAGAUAUUGGGACAAACCCUCAAAGCCAGUAUGAGAGAGUUGGGGCUGCUCAUUUUCUUCCUCUUCAUCGGAGUCAUCCUCUUCUCCAGCGCUGUCUAUUUCGCCGAGGCGGAGGAGAAGGAAUCUUUUUUCACAAGCAUCCCCGACGCCUUCUGGUGGGCCGUGGUCUCCAUGACAACAGUGGGAUACGGGGACAUGUACCCGGUCACCAUCGGCGGAAAGAUAGUGGGCUCGCUCUGCGCCAUCGCCGGAGUGCUGACCAUCGCGCUGCCGGUGCCUGUCAUCGUGUCCAACUUUAACUAUUUCUAUCACCGGGAGACGGAGGGAGAGGAGCAGGCGCAGCUUCUUAACGUCAGCAACCAGGACCUUAACUCAGACAGCAACUCAUCGCGCCGCAGCUCCAACUCUAUCGCCAGCAAGUCAGAAUACAUGGAAAUAGACGAAGGGAUCAACAAUAGUAUUGAUAACUUUAGGGACGCGAAUCUCAGAACUGCUAACUGUACGCCUGUCCUCAACCAGAACUGCGUGAAUAAGGGCAAGCUGCUGACUGAUGUUUAGAAGUACAUCAAUUCAUUCUAUAUGGCAGCGAUAGACAUCAUGGGGAUAUGAGGACACCCCGUUCGUUGUAAAUAUUGUAGAAAUGUUUCGGGAAAUGCUUGAUUUAACUUCGUUAAUAAUGCGUUUUUUUUGCAUUUGCGUUAAUUACAUUUGAAUGAAUAGAGAGAAAACUGUUUCACCAAAAGAGGAUAAAAACAAAUAAGGUUUGUUUGACUCUCAAAAUGGGAUAAACGUGUUAUAAUAACAUAUUAUCUUUAUGUUAUGUUAUCGGAGAGAUACCGGAAAACAUCCUGCCGGUGAAACUUGAAACGGAGAAAACACAACAUUAUCAGUGAAGAAGAAACGGUUUUGCAUGGAUAAUGGAUUAUGGAUCAUGGAUCAUGGAUCAUCGAUAAUGUAUCAUGGAUAAUGGAUUAUAGAUAAUUGAUCAUGGAUAAUGGAUCAUGGAUCAUGGAUCAUCGAUUAUGUAUCAUGGAUAAUGGAUUAUAGAUAAUUGAUAAUGGAUUAUGGAUCAUGGAUAAUUGAUAAUGGAUAAUGGAUAAUGGAUUACAGUGGAACUUGGGUGAGGGUGAGUUGCGUAAUGCACCAGCAUCUGCUGAAGAAAGAGAAAAGGAAUAUGGAGUCUCAUCCCGAACCCAACAACCAUCUGCAGUCAGAGAGAGAUCGACCAACGUUGUCCGCUAAAGGUGCAGUUGUUGUUCCGACGAUUGCUAUAGUUACCGGAGACCUGCUGAGUGAUCAGCUAAGCACUUUAUCACAAUAGAAGCAAAACAACAAACAAAACAGAGAACUAAAACUCUCCUGUUGCCAAGGAGACGUGAUGAGAAGGCUGUUUGUAGACCAGAUGACAUCUGUAAACUGCUGCUACUUUCUAUCCCAGCAGAUACUGAAACUAAAAACACCCGCUCUAAUCCCACAGGGGUGUGACGAUAACAUGAUGAUGAUGAUGAUGCCAUGCGAGAUAAUAAUCUUCAUUAAAAAAUAUAUAUAUAUAUUUUAAAAAAAGCUCGAAAUUAGCAUGUUGAGACACUGUUUUCUAUUACUGGCAUGCGCGACACAUUACCUCAGGUAAUGUGGCAUUAUUUGUAUUAUUUAAAACAACAACAACAGCCUGUAUUAUAUUCUCCUCCUAAAACCGGAUCCAAGACGGACCAAUUCUCUCUUUUUAUGCUUUGGUUCUCUCUCUCUCUCAUUUAGGUUUCACCAAAAGUGCACUGCUUAUUUAUUAUUUAAGUUAUUACUUAUUUAGGAGCAUUUAAAAGUGCUGAAUGUUAAAUCUUAAGGGAACAGAAACAUCUAUAUUUAUUUGGGAAGAUCAUGGCAUGUCAAACUACUGCAUUACGGCCUACCUGACUACGGUACCAUGUAUCCUGGUUGAUUCCAUGCAUGACGUCAGUAUUUAAAUAGCUUGCGGGGUCGAGGGACCUUGGGAAUACAGCACGGUGUGACGGAACUACUGUUUGGACUGGACUGGACAGGACACACCUCAACCAUAUCUUAAACAGAGGAGGAGACAUACUGGGAUACCAACCCCCCCUCCCUCCCCACAGAGGAGGAGACCUACCGGGAUACCAACCCCCCCUCCCCACAGAGGAGGAGACCUACCGGGAU